CCCCGCCCUCCGGCUCGAGCCUUUUGUAAAGGGUCACGUUGCUCUGCAGCAGAGACUCGCAGGAGACCUCAAGCUCCGCAUCCUCGCUCCUCUCCGGCUCCUCUCCGGCUCCUCCUGCGCUUCACCGCCCGCCAGCCGCCGCCAUGACUCACCAGUAUCCCGCGCUGACUCCUGAGCAGAAGAAGGAGCUGCAGGACAUCGCUCUGAAGAUAGUGGCUCCAGGAAAAGGCAUCCUGGCCGCCGAUGAGUCCACUGGCAGCAUGGCCAAGCGCCUGAACCCCAUCGGGGUGGAGAACACGGAGGAGAACAGGCGUCGCUACCGCCAGCUGCUCUUCACCGCCGACGAGCGCAUCGACAAGUGCAUCGGCGGAGUCAUCUUCUUCCACGAGACCCUCUACCAGAGCACAGACGAUGGCACCAACUUCUCCAAGCUCAUCAAGGACCGUGGCAUCGUGGUUGGCAUCAAGGUGGACAAAGGUGUGGUUCCUCUGGCUGGGACCAACGGCGAGACCACCACCCAGGGUCUGGACGGACUGUCGGAACGCUGCGCGCAGUACAAGAAGGACGGAGCAGACUUCGCUAAGUGGCGCUGCGUGCUGAAGAUCAGCGACACCACGCCGUCUGAACUGGCCAUCUAUGAGAAUGCUAAUGUACUCGCCCGCUACGCUAGCAUCUGCCAGCAGAAUGGCAUCGUUCCCAUCGUGGAGCCCGAGAUCCUCCCUGAUGGAGACCAUGACCUGAAGCGCUGCCAGUACGUCUCAGAGAAGGUUCUGGCUGCCGUCUACAAGGCUCUGUCGGACCACCACGUGUAUCUGGAGGGGACACUUCUCAAACCCAACAUGGUGACGGCCGGACACUCCUGCCCCACCAAGUACAGCAACGAGGAAAUCGCCUUGGCAACGGUGACUGCCCUCCGUCGCACCGUGCCCCCUGCUGUCACCGGGGUGACCUUCCUGUCCGGAGGUCAGUCCGAGGAAGAAGCCACCAUCAACCUCAACGCCAUCAACACCUGCCCGCUGGCCAAGCCCUGGGCCUUGACCUUCUCCUACGGCCGUGCCCUGCAGGCCUCGGCCCUCAACGCCUGGAAGGGCGCCCUGGCCAAUGAGAAGGCCGCCACCGAGGAGUUCAUCAAGCGUGCUGAGGCAAACGGUCUGGCUGCGCUGGGCAAGUACCAGUCCUCUGGGUCGGGCGCUGCGUCCGGACUGUCCCUCUACGUGGCCAAUCAUGCCUAUUAAGCACCACCACCACCUUCCACUGUGGCCUAGAUCUAUAGUCUUAUCUCUGCUCUGCUACCCCCGCCCCCCUCCAUGGAUCACAGGCCUGCGCUGUCUACUGUACUUUAGACCCCUCACUUAUUGAAAAGUACAUCAUUAGCUUUGUGUUCAUUGAAAGAAGAAUAUAUAAAAUGAUAAUACUGAAGGGAAAAGGCUUAUUUUUGUGAUCAAACCAGUGUCGAAGCGCCGCCGCGGUGAGUGAGUGGUCCAGCUGAAGCCGCCUCGCAGCAUGUGCGUUGUUGAUGUUCGGCUUGUGUGGGAAUGCUUCCAAGCUCUUCUUCUAUUCCUCCCCACCGUUGAUCAAAUCAUGCAAAGAAUCGCAGGACAAGCGGAGCUUCUUACACGGCGACAGGCCUCAGUCCACAGACCGAUGAUCCUUGCGUUCUCACGCUCCUAACAACACCAAGGAGACGAAGAAAGCGUCUGCGUUACCUAUAACAUUAGCUUGAAUUUAAGCUCAGUCAAUGUAUUCAGUUGUGUGGAGUUGUCGAUGUUUUAUGAUGCUCGUGUGUCAUUCCCCUGCUGAUCCCCUCCACCGGCCCCAGUGGAGGACCUGAGAGCAUCUGCUGUUUUCUCCUUUGAUGAGUGGACCAACCGCGGGGGUCGGCUGUGGGGGGGGGGGCGCUCACCGCUGUGUUGGACUACUGUGACGUGUCUGAUGUCAAUAUUGUUCUUUAAGCACUUUGUGUGUCUAAUGGUGGAGGAAAAAGAUCUAAAUUAAACAAUAAAAUAUAGCAGAGAU